AUGGCCAUCUCGACCCCUGAACGCGACCGCGAUCACGAAGCCACAUCCUUGCCAGCCGAGCUACUAGCACCACUAAAGAGACGCGCAAGGAACACCACCGAGCAAAACGAACACUACCGCAGGCGACCGCUACAGCUAGACCUAUCAGCCGACGACUCCGACACUAUCCAGAUCGAAAGCAGCCAACCUAUCCGUCAAGCCAGGAAGAGCACCGCCACCAACAAAGAUCUACUCACCGCGUUAACCAAGAUCAUCCAGCAGCAGAAUGAAACGAUCCAGAACCUCGAACGCGAGACUAGAGAGAUUAGAAAGAACUAG